AUGGAGACGUGUAGAGAGACAUCCAGUCGUUGUUAUCGUGCUGCCAAAAAAAGGAGUCAUUUGAGAGUCUAGAAUCAAUACCGACAUAGGAGUGCUGCAAUAGAGACUGGCUUCCUGUUUUGUCAUUUGUGCCUGUUCUUUGGGCUCGCGCUCCCUCACAGGACCGAUAAUUGACCGAUUUACCGACUUGCGAAGCAAACAACGGUCAAAACAACAACCCUCCAUCACCGCCCGCGGUGGCACUACGUUCUCUCGAUACCUUGUGCCUAGGACUUAUCGGAAUAACUCUCGACACCAACUCCAUAAGCAGCUUACCCCUCGAGCGCAGAUAAUCGACGUCGCCCCGGAAGCUUUUUUGCAGCUUCUUCACCGAACCGCGAGACAAGCUCCCCCGCUUCCUCGUUCAUGAAAUCGAAGCAACGGGCUAGCUCAGGGAUACCGCCUAAGGGAUGGCGCAGCUACUGCACAACUCGCCCAUAGUCAUCGACAAUGGCUCUGGUACCAUCAGAGCGGGCUUUGCGGGUGAGGACCUGCCCAAGUGCUUCUUCCCGUCGUUCGUCGGCAGGCCAAAACACCUCAAGGUACUUGCGGGCGCCCUCGAGGGGGAUGUCUUCAUCGGCGAGAAGGCCGCUACAGAACUGAGGGGCCUGCUCAAGAUCAGGUAUCCCCUCGAGCAUGGAAUCGUGACGGACUGGGAUGAUAUGGAGAAGAUUUGGGGAUAUGUCUACGAAGAGGGCCUCAAGGUGUUGAGUGAAGAGCAUCCCGUACUUCUUACCGAGCCACCGUUAAAUCCGCGCGCGAACCGCGACACAGCAGCCCAGAUCCUCUUCGAGACCUUCAACGUCCCCGCACUAUACACAUCCAUCCAGGCCGUUCUAUCUCUGUACGCAAGCGGUCGCACCACCGGAAUUGUGCUCGACUCGGGAGACGGUGUGUCACAUGCGGUGCCUGUAUACGAGGGUUUCGCUAUUACCAACAGCAUCCAACGAAUCGACGUGGCAGGCAGGGACGUGACUGAACACCUGCAGACUCUUCUGCGCAAGAGCGGUUACGUAUUUCACACCAGCGCGGAGAAGGAGGUUGUCAGGUUGAUCAAGGAGGCCACGAGCUACGUGGCCCAUGACCCCAAGAAGGAGGAAAAGGAAUGGGCUGGUGCAAAGCUGGACCCGUCAAAGAUGAUGAGCGACUACACGUUGCCCGACGGUAACAAAAUCAAGCUCGGCGCAGAACGAUUCAGGGCACCCGAGAUUCUCUUUGACCCCGAGAUCAUUGGAUUGGAAUAUCCAGGCGUGCAUCAAAUGGUGAUCAAUGCCAUCGGAAAGACAGACCUUGAUCUACGCAAGUCGCUCUACUCCAACAUUGUGCUAUCAGGAGGUAGCACGCUGACCAAGGGCUUUGGAGAUCGACUCCUGACCGAGGUUCAGAAGCUGGCGGUGCGAGACAUGAGGAUAAAGAUAUUUGCCCCUCCAGAGAGGAAAUACUCAACCUGGAUUGGUGGCAGUAUCUUGGCUGGAUUGAGCACGUUUAGAAAGAUGUGGGUAAGCAUGGACGACUGGCACGAGAACCCAGACAUAAUUCACACCAAGUUCAACUGAGGCGCGCCGUCUGUGGCCUGCGCAACACUGUUCGACUUAUGAGGUUUAAUGAUCAAACCUUCUUGGCUACUAAUUGAGAUCAUCAUGCUCUCGCCGGUGGCCGAGGACCAGCCAGUCCAAUGAACGUUGGGGGCUACAUGAUGGCAUAGGGAUAAUCUAUGCAUCGGUGAAUGCGGCAGGUCGAGGCAGGCGCAGAGAGAGGGAGUAAUCGGCUACCAAUCUGAAGUGCGGAACCAAAAGCAGCCUUCAAUACUUCGAACGCUUUCAUGUAGACAACGACAGGAGUACUUUGUUUAGGGCGUAUAGAAAAUCACGAGAUACCCAAAGAUUGAGUUUGAAUGUGCAUGUCUGUCUGUACCUUGUGCUUGUUGGGUUCUCGAUGUCUCUAAGAGUAGGUACGUGUUUGUGUUUUUUUUU